GUUUUCAAGUACGCAAUUUAAAAAUAUAAAGAAACUAUUUGUGAAGUGAAAGAAUAUUUUAUUGCUCAUAUCAGAGGCUCAGAAAUCCCGAUUGCUGGUGAAAGGAAAUAGUAGGUAUGUAUUAAUAUGUUUUUUUUUUAACAAAGAGCUGUAAGAUUAUUUGAUACUUGAACAUUCUUGAACAUAGUUUUGACAGAUUUGUCAUCUGCUUGAACAUUCGAUCAAUUCGAAUCAUUCUAAAUGCCUUGAGGACAUAUUAUUGCCAGAUGCUUUUGUGAUCAAAUAUCCAUAUUUCAGCCAUAUUAAAAUACGACUUCCUGACAAUAGGCUAAAUACAACUGAACUGUACAAGCACAGCAGCAGGAAUUCCUCCGUGGAUGAAACGCAGCUAACUCAGGUAAAAAUGUUGUAAAUAUGAAUGACGAGUUGUUGUCGUUGAUAUAUUAAAAUGGUAGAUAUAAACAAUCCAAUUACUGCAAAUAUAAUGCAGGCAAUAUAAUGGCAAAUACGAGACCCUAUUAGUGUAAAUUCUAACAGAGAACAUCCAUUGAAAUGGCCGCAUGUACAGAAUAAAAUAUUAAUGACAUAUGACAUGAAAUUUGAUGAAAAUGUGACAGCAAAAUGAAGUACAGUACAGAACAAUGGUGAUUUUCAAAGCAACGCGUACGUGCAAUGUUCUGACAAUGUGACAGUGCUAUUAUUAAACCUUUUUAUAGAGUGUCUAUAAAUUGAUAGUGUGCAGUGGUAGCCCCAAUAUAUGUCCAGAGGCUACAAUUUAAUACUUAGUAUUACAUGUAAUAGAAGACUAUAUAUAUAUUAAAAACAUGUUACCCCUACAGUAUUUGCUACACCAGAGAAAAGGUCAAAUUGGGUUCGUUCUGGUCAGGCUCUAUUGGAGACCAGUUAUUUGAAUGCAAAGAGUAAAUUUGCACGGACUACAAUAAAUUGCAUCCUACACAAUUAUUUCACAUGUCUUAUACUUAUGACAAUUAUUGCACUUAACCCUUUUGAGUGCCAGCACACUCUCCCCUUGACAAGUAAACUAGAGCACAAUGCAACUCAAUGGGUUAAUUAUUUUACUAAUCUUCCUGAUGAAAGGCCUAAUUUGCUGGAACUGCUUACAUUUUUUAGAUAGUUGUAUAUAUCUUUUAAACUGCAGCUUUCAAUUAUUUCACUUGCAUAUUUUCAGAGAGAAAUUACUCAAAUAAUGAACUGCCAUAAUAUCCAAGCAGAUCAGCCAUAUCAAUGUUUUGCUUAAUGAAAAAUGGCCUAUUAUUGGCUGACUGUUAUAUUGCACACAUACUGCUUGAAAGCUCUUGGGGAAGUAGCUAAUUCAAAAAUAGUAAAAUUAUAAUUAACCCAUUGAGCACCAACAUUCUCACCUUGAUGAGUAAAAUUGUCUGCAUGGCUUUAUAGCUAGACAGCGAGGGUGAUAAAUUUGGGCAUGCAUCAGGGCACAUCGCCACUUAAAGGGUUAAAAGAAUGUAUGAAUAAAUAUAUAGUUGACUGUAUAAGCUUCGAAGGUGUGGAAUACAUGUUAUAAUAAUUACAAUUUGUUUUAUGAUUUAGAAUGUUCAGUACUCGAGUUGUUUCCUACCUCGAACAGCAAUUGCCACAGUUUAAAAGACUGUGUUUUAGCAGUUAUUUAACAAACUUAUGGAUAUUUUGACUUUGCAUUCUAGCUAACUAAUUUCCCAUAACAUGCAUUUCAGAGGGAAAUUUCCUAGCAAAAUAAACAUGCUGACAUUGGUCUUAAUAAUUGCAUUCAUCGCCAAUGCCCAAGGUGUCAUUAUUAAAUAUGAGCACCACAACUAUCAAGCGAUGACAAAAAUCCUUAAAGCAAUCCACAAACAAUGGCCACACAUUACAAACUUGUACACGAUUGGCAAAUCCAUUGAGAAUCGUGAACUAUGGGUGCUGGAAAUUUCCGAUAAUCCGGGGCGGCACGAGAAGGGAGAGCCAGAAUUUAAAUAUGUUGCGAACAUGCACGGAAAUGAGGUCCUCGGCCGAGAGCUUUUACUCCACCUUGCCUAUUACCUAUGCAGUCAAUACGACUCAAAUCAUGAUGUCAAAAAUUUGGUUGAUUCCACACGCAUACACAUCCUACCAAGCAUGAACCCAGACGGAUGGGAAAUCGCAAUUGCUAAUACUUGCACUGGCGUCGUUGGUCGGACCAAUAAGAAUGGGUGUGACCUGAAUAGAAACUUUCCUGAUUUAUUAAAUCCAAGAAGAACUGACGGGAAUUGUAGAAAACCAGAAAAAGAAACCAAGGCUGUAAUGAAAUGGAUCUCUUCAAUACCAUUUGUUCUCUCGGCUAAUCUGCAUGGUGGCACAGUAGUCGCUAAUUAUCCUUACGAUAGCAUUAAGGGAAGUCCAGGCACACAUUUAUACAGCAAGUCACCGGAUGAUGAUAUGUUUCGUCAAGUGGCUAAAGCAUAUGCCUAUGCUCAUCCAACAAUGUACAGAGGGAAGCCAAAGUGUCGAUUCUACCCUUUUGAUGAUUUCAAAGAUGGUAUAACCAAUGGUGCUGACUGGUAUGCAUUGCAAGGUGGUAUGCAAGAUUACAAUUAUUUGACAAGGUACAGUAUAGAUAUGAACUUGUGAUUAAAUAUAGCUGGACUCAGCAGCUCAGUUGGUUAGAGCGACGCACCGGAAUUGCAAGUUCGAUUCCACACUCAUACACAUCCUACCAAGCAUGAACCCAGAUGCAAUCGCUGAUACUUGAAAAUACCUGGAAAUUGCACACUUUAGUAUAUGUUCGUUAUUGUUCACUCGGUAAUAUGGUGAUAUGCUAUUGUUCACUCUAAUUCAGUAUAUUUCAAAGUUCAUAUACUAGUAUUAGAACUGUACAAUACUAGUAUUGUUCGGUGCUGAAUUGAUAUAAACGAGUAUACCCCAUGUUGGGGGGGGGGGGAGAAAUAUUUUCGGAACAUCAAUUCCCAGGGAGGGGGGACUGUGUCGUACACCAUAUGUUCAUCAACCAUAAAUCGCUCUUAGCUAAUAAAAUCGUGGUGUGUGCACUCACAUUUAUCUGAUCAAAGGCAAUUCCAGCUUUUAGUUUAUGCAUGCAGGGGGGGGAUGGGAAUUAGUAAGGUAUCAUAUUGCUGAUUAUGCUGAAGAAAUAAAAAUUGCAGCAGUGUAAACGCAGAGUGAUAGCUUAUAAUUGUAAAUAUUGAAAUAUUUCGGUUGUUUCGGCAGUUUUUAUUGAAAUUUUUCAGCAUAAUAAGCAAUAUUAUACCUUACUUCCCGUCACACCCAGCGCGCAUAAAUUGAACGUCUCGUAAUUUUCGCUUUGAAUAAAUUUUAAUUUCUUUCCUGUUCUUGAAUUAAAGCAAUUGUUUUGAAAUCACGCUGGAAUUAAGUUGUUGCAAAUAUCCAAAUGCAAGCAAACUUCAAAAGGAAUGGCAGGACCACAAGCCAGCAUUAAUAUCGUACAUGAAACAGGUCCACAAGGGGAUCAAAGGGGUUGUUACGGAUCGUUGUGGUAGCGGUAUUGCUGGUGCUGAAAUCAAAGUUAACCUAAAUGAGAAAUCCAUUUUCAGCGGUAAGGGUUAAGUUUUG